AUGGCAUCUUCACCCAAUGCACCGGGAAGCCAAAGUCAUACCUCAAUAUCUACUGUGAAUCCGCCACCUCCAGCUCAUACAACUCAAGGGCUGGAAAUCCCUCUCGAAACCUUAGUAUCGCAUCUUCUUGCUUCCAAGCGUUCUCUAUCCUCUAUCAGUACAGUAUGGCGUGCCAAUGAAAUUGUCACCUCGGCGAAGAAUGCCUUGGAGGAGACUGCCAUAUUGCAAGCUAAAACUAGGUUUUUACAAAGUGGUAUCAAUGAGCAGAUGAAAACCUUGUUGAAGGUAAGGAAAACUGUAGAGUUUGUGUAUAAUGAUGGACAGGAAGAUUUCAGCAAUGUCCUACACAAUCUCGAUGCCGCAGAUGCUCGACUUGUAUCUACGAUGAAUAUGCUACGAUCGACAAUGGUGGAUGCGGCUUUUCGACCGGCGGGCGAGGAACCUAGAAAUUUAUUAGACUUUGUUGAUGAGCAAGGCGUGGAGAAAAUGAGAGAUGGCUUAAAGGAGUUGAUCGAUGAGUCCAAGGAAGCGGAAGCAGCGUUUGGUACAUCAAUACUUUCUUUUGAUAGCGAUAUACGCAGCUUAAAAUCGGGAUUCAAGAAUGGCAAAGGAAAGCCUUCAUCCCGUUCCCCAAUACCAAAUCACUUAUAUACACUAGAAGGGCACGCGCAAGAAAUGGCUUCCUUGCUCUCAUCACUUUCAAGUCAUUUCGACCUAUGCUUGAACGCAAUCAGACAUACAGAGGGAGGCUAUGCUGCUGUUCGAAAUGCGGCUUCCAAUCCACCACCAGGCGCCGAACCGGUAUCCGUCUCUGGUGUGAUGACCAACUCUCAUGAUGACAUAAAUGAAGCACCCCUCACUGAACAUGAGCGCGAAGAAAUGUUCUCCAUCCUUGAAAAAGAUGCCGCAGAAGUUGAAGAUGUGGUUAUGGAACUUCACGAUCGUCAAAAUGAAAUGGAGACCAAACAUGAUGCCAUCCUCGAUUAUGUUUCACUUCUCGUCGAACAAUUCAAACAUACUGCGAGCGUAUACAAAACUCUAGAGGGUGUAUAUCAGCGACUUCCAAGAUAUAUUCUCGCGGGCCAUGAUUUCAGAGCUAGGUGGGAAGAUACAAAGGUGCAGAUCAAUGAGCAAAUGAAUGAACUGGAGGGAAUGCGACUUUUCUAUGAAAACUAUCUUUCCUCUUAUGACGGCCUCAUACUUGAAGUUCAUCGCCGCACAGUUGCCGAGGAGAAAGCGAGAUCGAUAGCCAAGAAGGCAAUGGAGCAAAUCAAUAAGAUAUAUGAAACGGAUGUGAAGGAGAGGAAUCAUUUCAAAUUUGAUGUAGGAGAUUAUCUGCCUGUUGAUUUAUAUCCGGGUAUCAAUGAAGCGCCACCAAAAUGGGAUUUCAGAUUGGUGGAGGAUGAAGAAGGUGGAACUAGCACCCCUUUGUUGGAGAGGAGCGUAGUAAAAGAAUCUAUUAAGAGAGAUAGAGAGAGACACAGGAAUUCGAAGGAAAAUUGA